AUGUCCACGGAGCUGCCCCCGGACCCCAAGGAGAGCCCGCCGGCCCCGCGGCCGGCGCCUCGCGAGGUCUGGAAGAAGGGCGGCCGCCUGCUGUCGGUGCUGCUGGCGGUGAACGUGCUGCUGCUUGCCUGCACGCUCAUCAGCGGCGGCGCCUUCAACAAGGUGGCGGUGUACGACACCGACGUGUUCGCGCUGCUCACCACCAUGCUGCUGCUGGCCAUGGUCUGGAUCCUCUUCUACCUCCUGGGCACCGCGCGCUGCCCCGACGGCGUCCCCUACCGGGACGCGCACGCAGGCCCCAUCUGGCUGCGAGGUGGGCUGGUGCUGUUUGGGAUCUGCACUCUCGUCAUGGAUGUCUUCAAGACCGGUUACUACUCCAGUUUCUUUGAGUGCCAGUCAGCCAUCAAGAUCCUGUACCCUCUCACCCAGGCUGUGUUUGUCAUUGUCCAGACUUACUUUCUCUGGGUCUCCGCUAAAGACUGUGUUCACACCCACCUGGAUCUGACUCGGUGUGGCCUCAUGUUCACACUCACCACCAACCUGGCCAUCUGGAUGGCGGCCGUGGUGGAUGAAUCCGUGCACCAGGCUCACUCCCACAGCAGUUCUCACAGCAACGCCAGCCACACCUGCCUCGCUCUGGACUUGGAGCGUGCGAGCAGUGCGGUCGGGGGAGACUGCUCCUGCGACACGGCGGUCUGCCAGAUCUUCCAGCAGGGCUACUUCUACCUGUACCCCUUCAACAUCGAGUACAGCCUCUUCGCCUCCACCAUGCUCUACGUCAUGUGGAAGAACGUGGGCAGGCUGCUCGCCUCCUCCACCCCCGGCCACAGCCACGCCCCGUCCCCCGUCAGCCUCUUCCGGGAGACCUUCUUUGUCGGCCCGGUCCUGGGCCUGAUGCUCUUCGUGGUGGGGCUGGCCGUGUUCAUCAUCUACGAGGUGCAAGUGAGCGGGGAGCGGGGCCGCACCCAGCAGGCCCUGGUCACCUACUACAGCUUCAGCAUCGUCUGUCUGGGGCUCAUGACCUUGGUCAGCCUGAGUGGCUCGGUCAUCUACCGCUUCGACCGCCGGGCCAUGGACCAGCACAAGAACCCCACGCGCACCCUGGACGUGGCCCUGCUGAUGGGCGCUGCCCUGGGCCAGUAUGCCAUCUCCUACUACUCCAUCGUAGCCGUGGUGGCGGGCACCCCCAGGGACCUGCUGGCGGGGCUCAACCUAGCCCACGCUCUGCUCAUGAUCGCCCAGCACACCUUCCAGAACGUCUUCAUCAUCGAGAGCCUCCACCGGGGCCCCCCCAGUGCUGAGCCUCACGGCACGCCCCCCAAGGAGCCCUGCCAUGGCCUGACCUUUGCCAACCUGGAUGCCCUGCAUACCUUGCCCGCCUGCCCGCCCACUCCCAGGCUGGUUGGCCCCAGCCCAGCAGGACCUCAGGAGGCUGCAAGCGUCAUCGUGGCUCCCAGGAGCCACUGGAGACGCCGGUGCUUGAAGGACAUUUCCCUGUUUCUCCUGCUCUGUAACAUCAUCCUGUGGAUCAUGCCCGCCUUCGGGGCCCGCCCUCACUUCAGCAACACCGUGGAGGUGGACUUCUACGGCUACUCCCUCUGGGCAGCCAUCGUCAACAUCUGCCUGCCUUUCGGCAUCUUCUACCGCAUGCAUGCUGUCUCCAGCCUGCUGGAGGUCUAUGUGAUGUCCUGA